AUGGGAGGAGAAAUUAAGAUGGAUUGGUCUCAAGCAGUGAUCACAGUUGGAAAACAGAGAGUUCUUUUGCACCCUGAAAUGAAGGCUAAAUACACAGUCUUUCCCUCUGAUGAUCCAAAAGCUCAAAUUUCAUAUCAAGAUUUUGGCUUUGGCAAUUACAUGAUAUUGACUGACCCUCAAGAUGAGAGUAUAUUACUAGAUGCAAGUAAGUCAAAUGAACUCUGGUAUAUGGAAUUUGAUGGCAGUUGUUCAUCUUCUGGGUCAGGGGUUGGGGUCAUUUUGAUUCCUCUCCAUGGAAAGGUCAUUCCUUAUUCUUUCAAAUUGGAAUUCCAAAACACGAAUAAUACGGUUGAAUAUAAGGCCUUUCUAUUAGGUCUGGCUGAGGCAAAGAGGAAUCGUGUUUGGGACGAGAUUGAAGCCUUCGAUGCUUUUUCAAUUGAAGUUGUUCCUAGGGAGUUUAAUUCGAAAGUGGAUUCUUUGGCGAUAUCUGCAGCCUUGCCUAUUCCAUACCCAGAUUUCACAACCGACACUUACAGGGUUGAACUAGUUUAUAGACCUAGUGUGCUAGAUAAUUCUGAAUCCUGGCAGGGAUCAGAGACAGGUUGUAAAGAGUUUUCUCCAGAUACGCUAGAAGAAGUACAUGAUGGGAUGUUACAGUUAAAAGGAAAUAAAAUUCCAAAGGGUUUAGUUUCUCUUGAACGUCUUUUUGAUAGGAAAGAUGGAUAUGUUAAGAAAAGAGAUCAGGAAACUCCUGUGGUUCAAAGCUCUGGGGAGUACAAACAAAUUAACAUUGAACAUACUAUGUUCGGAAUUUUGGUACAAAAAGGAGAAGAUAAUGAGGAGGUGUCGAUUUCCUUUAUGAGUAUUCCUCUGAAGAAACAUGAGUUGAAGUACUCACAGAUAGAGAAGCAGGCUUAUGUGGUGUUAAAAUUUGUGAAGCAGAUCAGGUAUUAUAUACUUCACUCACAUGCAAUUGUUUUUGUUCCUAAUUUUACAGUAAAGGUUGUUUUAACUCAGCAAGAUGUUGGCAUCAACAAUAGAGAAUCUUGGGUUUCCAAGAUACAAGAAUUCAAUUUAGAUAUCAAGCCCACUAAAAUGGUUAGAGGACAAGGUCUCUGUAGAUUGAUGGCAGAGAAUGAGUCCAGAGAAGUGGACAGUUUACCUUUAACCCUAUUCAUUGAUCAUCAGGAUUCUUGGUUCACCAACGUGGCGUAUUAUCUUACAUAUGGAGACUGUCCAGAUCACCUUUCUCCUAGGGAAAAAAGGAAUCUGAGGUUGAAUGCUGCAAAGUUUGGAGUUCCCCAGAAAAUAGUCACAGAUAAUGCAUCAAAUUUCUCUUCAUCGAAGUUGAGCUUAUUUUGUUAUGAUCACGGAAUUUCUUUGGCACAUGCUUUUGAUUAUUAUCCGCAGGGUAACGGUCAGGCAGAAUCAAGUAACAAGAACUUGAUCAAUAUCAUGAGGAAGUUGGUCAGUGAGAAUUUCAGGGAUUGGCAUAAGAAGCUACAUGAAGCAUUAUGGGCAGAUCAAACUUCACCGAAAUGA